AUGGACGACGUACACUUCUAAUGCUUUCCCCGUGCUGACAUUUUUUCAGGUCUCUCUCUCAAAAAAAGUCAACCCUCAAGAGAAAAAUAAAGGAUAAAUGGUUUAUCACAGUAUCAUCAUUCAUUACACAGGUCAUAGAGGAACAUGGAGGAAAAUGUUUGCAUACAGAGGUGAACAUAACAAAAUGAUUAUUUGCAUACAGUGAUAUUUUGUAAUAGUGUACCUUAGAGACCUAAAGAGGACACAGACAUAUGCAUGUACGCACACACACCACACCACACACACACACACACACACACACACACACACACACACACACACACACGAACACACACCACACACACACCACACACACACCACACACACACACCACACACACACACACAAACACACACACCACACACACCACACACACACCACACACACACACACCACACACACACACACACACACACACAAACACUUUUCUCCAUCCCAUUCCAAGCAGCAUCAAUCAAUGGUUGGAAGUGAAGACGUGCAAUAAGACAGGAGAGAGGAGAGAGGGGAGCAAUCAAAAGCCCUGAGAUGAGCUCUUAAAUUAGAAUGUGCAAUACAGGACCACACUGAGGGAUUGGUGAAAUUACAGGCCAUAUUUUUAGUGAAGGCUGGACUCAUACCCUAGAACUGCCAGCAGCUGAUGGAACAAACCAUCACUCAUAUGCCUGUCUUCCCCAAGCUUGUUACACAUUGGAAAAUUGACACUGUGUGUGUGUUUCCGCGCGUCUUUGCGUUUUGUGUGUAUGUGUUCAUGUGCGUAUAUGUGCAUGUGUGUGUACGUACGUGCAUGUGCGUGUCUGUGCAUGUAUUUGUGUGCACAUGUGACAUGAAAAAAGGUAUUAUCUAGAAAUAUGAUAGAAGAGCAUACCGAUCCAAAUGAAGUGCUGGAGACUGUUAUCAGUUACCGUAGAUACUGAGACACAGAUUUUGAUUAAUUUGCAUGCACAUUUAAUUUCAAGUAAAUGUUCUCUACAAACAGUCAAAAAGGAACUACUGGGACAGGAUAAAAGGCAAGCCAUGUCUUUUACAGAUGCCUUCACCUUUAAACCUAGUCUGGUUACAAAAAUAGACAGUUGAUAUUAAAUGUCAUCCACUGGGAAAUAAGGUCAGCAGCUCACUAAUGAACUCAUGUAGCUUACCAACAUCAAACUUACACCAGUAACCUAGCUUAUACAUCUGGGUAAAAUGAAGCAAUGUAUUAUAUACAGUUCAUAUACAGUAGGCUAAAUUAAUAUAUGCAUUUUAUGUGCAUUCAUUAUAGAUUACAUAAAGGCAAUGCAGAUAGUCUCAUUUGGAAUUUGACUAAAGACUGUUGCUUCUCUUCUCUGAUUGGCUCAUAUGUAACAUCUAAUAAGUUACAUGAUUUUAACAGCAAGUAUGAGGUAAUUGUUUGGUCAUGUGACAGCUGCAGCAACUGUCAAAAUGUGAUGAUAGGGCUACACUGAAGGUUCAAAGGCACAUCUUCUCAGCUCUUCUUAGCCACGCCCCCUGAUUCUGAUUGGACCGUAGACAUCUGGCUAGGGACUAUCAACAAAGUGGACAUGAACUGUAGGGUUGUUGUGGGGUGGGAAUGUAUGCAUAUGUGCACAUGUGACAUAUGAUAUCAAAUGGAAAUAUAAUAUGAGAGAGAAGUCCAGGCCAUCAAAUGUUUGCUGGGACAAACAUGUUUAACGAGACAGCUGUUCCCACCACUAUCAGAAACACAGGUGUGUGUUUGUGUCUGUCUGUGUGUGCCUGUGCAUGUGUGUUCAUUUGUUUGCUUGUUCUUCCUCCUCCUCUUGAGAAAGGUAAUGAAGAUGAGUGCAACACAGAGGUCAAGCCAUCUCUUCUUCUACUGUAUUUUCACAGCAUCCACUCCCUCCUGUGUUGUCUCCAUCUGCCGGAUCCUCGCAAUAACUCCCUUCCACUCUCUCAUCCAUCGCCAACGACCAUAUCUUACUGGAGACCCCCAGACCUCUCACUUAGUCUAAAUCUUCAGGUCAUCAUGACAUUGUCAUACUUUGGCUAAUGCAGAUCUAGGCAGUAUAAUCAGAGCUAAUGAUUUUGUGCAAUUUUGUAAUAAUUUUGGAUUUAUCAGGAAAGUAAUAGAGAAAGUCUCUAAAUCGAACACCAUUAUGCAUAAGGUAUAUGCCAAAACAUGUUUGUCUAAAGAUGCAAAUCAAGUGUAAGAACGAUGACAAAUAGAAUUUUACAAAGAAGUAUACUAAAAUCAAUAAACUAUCCACAAUCUGUGGAUUUUUACCAGAGCCCCUUGGUCUCGGAUAUAGCCCCGCCUCUACAACAAGCGAACCUACCUUGUCUAUAGUGCCAAUGCAAUUUAGGCGAGGGACGGAGAGUCAAGGGGCGAACUGGGGAACAAGCUCGGCAGUGGGCUUCCAAGCGCGUGUCUUGCAAAGACAUCACCGACAGGGCGGGAGACGGGAGUGACGCCGUAUCGACCGCAGGGACUUUAUAGACUUUGCUGAACCGGUAGAUAGCCACCCUACACAGUGUAUGUGCAGUUUGUGUAUGCAGGGUAGAAAGGAAACUAAUUUAAGCCAACACGGUGGCGAUGAGAAGAAAUUGAAUUUCCAUUGGUUUCGGUGCGUCGCGCAGUCGGACUCUUGACUCUGGUGAUGCCCGUGGUGUGGGGAUCGCCGUGCAUCUCAGGAAAACAGGGCGUCGGAGGAUGAUGGUGAUGAUAGGAUCAUCAUGGCAAACGGAACCGGCACUAUUAUGUUGAAAUGCGUUGUGGUUGGAGACGGUGCUGUGGGCAAAACGUGUCUGUUGAUGAGCUAUGCCAACGACGCCUUUCCAGAGGAGUAUGUGCCCACUGUGUUUGACCAUUAUGCAGGUAAGGGGACUUUGGAGCAUGUAAUGAUCAUACAUUAUCAUACAUAUGGGUGUUGUCUCGAAUGGAACCAUUACCAAUUAGCCAAUCGUUAAUUAUAAAAGCUGACAUCAUUCUUUCAGUAGCCUAGUUAUAGUUGCAUGAGUUUAAUCUCUAUGCCAAUUUGCUUGGAUAGUCUACCAAAAUCCAAUGUUUAGGAGAAGGUGAAGUGUUUAUUCGAAUGUUUUGCUUACUUUUUGGCUCAGAUUGCAUAGGAAUACAUCUGUUUCUGUAAUCAAAGCCACUUGUUUGGCUCCGAGACCCCCCCCCCCCCACCCCUCUAAACUAUACUUUUCCAUUGCUUUGCAGUGAGUGUCAACGUUGGCGGGAAGCAGUACUUAUUGGGAUUGUACGACACAGCUGGUCAGGUACAGUGGGUUUAUUUUAACUCUGGCUGCAUGCCAAGCAUGCCACAUCCAAGGACACAACCUAUCCCCAUGUACUGUUAACCAAUGGUGCUCUGGACACACCCGCAAGCUUGAAAUUCUGACCAGACUCUAAGCUGCAACAGGUGUGGUUUACACAUUGCUCUAGUUUCAAGUCUGGUCUGUGAUAGACAGUGGUUUUAGGCCUAGCGAAGCAUUUCAAUGGGUCUAUUAUGUGAGGAACAGGGGUCUUAUGUCCAGUGUCUAGUAGGGAUGUUGUCACUGGCAGUCCGAAUACAUAUUACAUACAUAAACUGCAUACUAUUUACUUAUCGUCGCAUACUAUUUAGCACGUACCGUUUAGUAAAAAGUAUGCAGCAUGCCUCGGUAUCUGCUCCUGAUUGGCUGAGUAGGUGGGGCGGGUCGAGUGCAGUUGAAUUUGUCCAAAUUCAACAGACAUGCAUCGCAUUAAUUUGAUUAAUUUCUCUAAACUGAAUAGAAUACUCAGGCUGGUUAUAGGCAGACUAUCACAUUCGACCUAUACUGUAGUAGACCAUAUAGCCCAUCUGUCUUUUUUUUAAAUGGCUGAAGACAGAAACGGAUCAUUUUGUUCCAUUUCAAUAUAUUUAUUAGUGAAACCAAAGUGCUGUAACAUGUAUACAAUACCAGUCAAAAGUUUGGUCACACCUACUCAUUCCAGGGUUUUUCUUUAUUUUUACUAUUUUCUACAUUGUAGAAUAAUAGUGAAGACAUCUCAACUAUGAAAUAACACAUAUGGAAUAAUGUAGUAACCAAAAAAGUGUUAAACAAAUCUAAAUAUAUUUUAGAUUCUUCAAAGUAGCCACCCUUUGCCUUGAUGACAGCGUUGCAUAUUCUUGGCAUUAUCUCAACCAGCUUCAUGAGAUAGUCACCUGGAAUGCAUUUCAAUUAACAGGUGUGCCUUGUUAAACAUUAAUUUGUGGAAUUUCUUGCCUUCUUAAUGCGUUUGAGCCAAUCAGUUGUGUUGUGACAAGGUAGGGUUGGUAUACAGAAGAUAGCCCAAUUUGGUAAAAGACGAACUCCAUAUUAUGGCAAGAACAGCUCAAAUAAGCAAAGAGAAACGACAGUCCAUUGUUACUUUAAGACAUGAAGGUCAGUCAAUCUGGAACAUUUCAAUAACUUUGAAAGUUUCUUCAAGUGCAGUUGCAAAAGCAAUCAAGCGCUAUGAUGAAACUGGCUCUCAUGAGGACCGCCACAGGAAAGGAAGACCCAGAGUUACCUCAGAGGAUAAGUUCAUUACAUAGUACACCAAAACUGCAUAGCAAAUUCAGAACCGCUGGACAGCAACAUAAUAAACUAAAGCACUGAUCAUUGGGAACGAGAUGAGAAUGACUGGUAAGGCUUGAUCCAUUUAUUAAAUAGGUAGCCUAGCCUACAAAACUAAAACAAUCAAUGUGUUCAAAUCAAAAGGCCUGAUUAACAUGACAUCAAUAACACAGCCACGUCCAGAGUCCCCGGUGCCGACACAUUCAGAAAUCAAAAGAUGGUUUAGUAUUUAGUUAAAAAACUCUGACGAAGGCCAAGACAACAAUACACUUUUCAGUGCAAAAACAGAAAUCCAGUUAGUCUGUUUUCAAAGAUGUAGCCUACGAUGCAAUACUCGUGAUCAUUUUAAGGAGAACAAAAACUACUUAGCCUACAUUUGAACACCACCACAGAAGCUUCGGGCAUCUUCCCGAUUAACAAGCCUAGUUUUGUUAUUUUGCUACUUGAAGAGAACUAUGGCCUAUCACUCGCAGCCUUCCUCUUUCAAUGCACUGUGGAAAAUGGCCGAAAUGAGUAUAACAUCCUGGCAUUUAAACUAGGGUUGGGGGACAUUUGGGGAGACCUCUUCUACGAUAUACUACUCCAAAUAUCGCGAUAUCCAAUAUAAUCGUUUCGCACCGUUAAUAACUAGAUAUUUCCAGACUGCAAUUGUGCUUAUUUACGAUAUUAUAGUCCCAUUCUAAUUAAAUAACCUUAGAAUGGCAAAACAUAAGGCUUCAUUUUCAACAUAUUCAUACAGUCUAACUGAUAAAACUGCACCGUUUUGAGUUGAAAGCAAUCAAAUAGAGUGACGUGCAAGACUAUACGAUAUAUCAUCAAUGUCAAAUAUCGCGAUAUUCACUUUAAUCAUAUAUCGGCCCAACCCUAAUUUAAACCAUACUCGAUUUUCGCAUACUGAGAAUGUGUCAUGCGUGAUUGCGUUGUUUCCUGCUAUUCGUUGAUUUCGGUAGCGCAUCCCCAUAUCUAAUUGAUCAGCUGUUGUCAAAGCCGAAAUGAGUAUGACAUCCGGGCAUUUAAAGUAUACUAGCUUUUAAAGUAUACCAUUUGAUGCAUUGAGAGUGGAAAUCCUUCACCGCAAUCAUGGAACCGCAAGCACAAGAACGUGGGGGUUUGAGUGCUGGACUAAGCUUGUCCUGGGAUGGUUGUGAAGGUUUGCCGUAGCUAGCUCAGUGAUGGCUGAAGGGAAACACGUGGGGGCAGAGUUUGCUCCUGCGACUGAAGGAGCCGUUUUGCUGAGAUAGUUUGUCUAUUUAACGCAACGGGUGAACGUAGGUUAAGCUAUAUGAGAGAAGGGAGCUAGCAAUGCUACCGUGUGUGCAGGUUAGCUUGCCUCUCAGUGAGCUAGCCUAGUUAGCCGAAGUCUUGCAGCAUGGGCUAACCGAGUCACAAUAGCUAGCCAUGAAGCUAGCUACCAACGGAGACUGCAGUUUGUACACAAAGCAAAAACUUUCGGUCAUUACUCAACCUUUCGACGGGGUCUAAAGACGUACGCCCGGCAACGAUAUCCUUCACGGUUCAAACCAGGGAUCCAGUCGUGCAGGGGAGCGCUUAGAGGGUAAUGCUCUUCGCGAAGAAGAGAAGCGAGAAUGACCAGAGAGCUCACCUCAUUCGCCACGCUACCUGUCUGUCUCCAACAGAUGCUAUUGAUUUGUUCUUCAGUGAGUAUUGGUGAUCCUGUCGAAUCCUCAUAUGUGAUACACCGAUUUUGUUUUUGUGUGGAUUUUUUUUUGUAAGAGCACAUACUCACUGAAGCUGGGUCUGAAGCUAAGGCAUGUCAUAUGCAGUGAUGAAUUGUUAACACUCUCCUCUGAACCUGAUUUAGCUGUGUGAAGUCCAAACAAGGUCUUGAACUGAAACAUUAUCCGCCCGGUGAAAUGUGAAUAGAUUUGAGGUUGAGAAAUAGUACAAUAGGCCUAUUGUUUGUUCAUUAAUACAAUAUAAGUACAUGUGUAGCAAAUUACAGUUCCUAUUGUUUCCACCUACUCCAAAUCAUUAUUCCCACUUAAAUAUGUAGCUGCCAUAACUCAUUCUUCAGAGAAACUAUAUGAUCGUAAAACGACUAAUCAGUAGUGAUUCACACUGCUUUUUGUUUACCCCUUUGUGUUUGAUUGCAAUUCCAUGUCUAGAGCCUUUUUGUUUUAGCUGAUUCAGGACUGUGAAAUGGAGAAGUUUCCCAGAUGUCGACUGUGGGCGCCGAGGCCACAGAGAGUAGAGUUACUUCCCUUCAAACGCAGCCCCUCCAGUCCUCCAAUCCUCCACCCCCACCCUGGCUGACUUCUUUAGGCUGAGCACAAAGCCAGCUGGUAAUGUUUAUAGCUUCAGCAUCUGAUCAAAGAAGGGAGUGCCAGAGAGCGAGAGGGAGGGAAACCAAGAGAUGGAGAGGAAGCGAGGGAGACGGCGGGGAAAGAGGAAGCGAGCGAGACCGAGGGGCUUGCUGAGAGAAAGGGGAAAAAACGGAGUAAAGGGGAGCGGAAAACUGCAAAUCUGCUCUGGAAUCCUGUAAUGCAUCCUUAGGAGGCUCAGGCGGGGGAUGUAGAAGAAUACAAUGCUUAAUACUGUACUUCUCUCUGUUGAGGAACCUUGUCUAACCCAGCCACCCACCCGCCAAUUCACACUCUCCUGCUACAGUCCCCACCUCAUGCUCUGCAUUACACAUGUUUUAUUGGCUCCAUGGACCGUUUAAUAUUUAUGUACCUGGCAGAGCUGAAGCUCCCAGAAUCCUCAGCUGUUUCAUAAGGGAAGAUGAUGAACCAUUUGCUCAAAGAGAAAAUAAUGCUGUGCAGACAUAGGCUCUGUCUCAAUUGCCUUAAAAAUCCAUAUUCUCUUCGCCUCUUCUUCAUCACUCUGAUCUGGAAGAACAGACCAGGUGAAAGCCAGCCUAAAGAUGAGCUUCCACCAUAUUGUUUUCACCUGUCAAGUCUCUUGAAGUCAGAUGAAGGGGAGGAGACAAGGAGAUUAUGUAUUUUUAAGCAAUUGUGCUGUCACUCUCCUCACAUGUGACCCCAUUGUAUGACAUCAUUAACAGUCAUUGACAGUGCGCUAGCAUACAGUAAGGUGUGUCACUGUAUUCUAUCUGCCUUGCCCUAUGUUUUUGUCUGGGUAUUGCUUAUUACACCACCCGUAUAUUCCAUAGGUCUACACGUAACAUGUUAGAUCACAUCUCUUCGCUCUUGAAUAUGUGGGCCAAGAACAGAAGGAAUGGAGAGUCUUAUUUAUUUAUUAAUUAAUCCUCUCCCUGGCUGAUGCACUCAUCAUAGCAAGCUAGCAUAGCAUUGCUUCUGUGGAUAUGAGGAGAAAGCAGGAAGUGGAUGUUAAGUGCUGUUGUAGUACCCAUGGCAACACGGCGUCCCCCUGGGAUCGGUCUCUUCACUCUCUCCCUUUGUUGCUGCUCAGCUCCUAAUUUGCUCAUUCCCUUCUGCACUCACACUCUUCACACUCAGUUGCACAUCCUUCCAUCACUCUUCUGUGACUAUCCCCCCUCCUGUUGUUUUGUACAGUGCCUCGUUAAGUUUGACUCGGUGCCCUCCCUGAGAUGUGACCCAGUGACCCCUAGACAUCCCUGCAGGGGGUAGAGAGUAAAAUGGGCUCUGCUCUGCUGCUGCUGCAGGGCCUUGUUCCCCUCCACUGAGCUGAACCCCAAUGGGAGGUAGCUAGACGUGUCAUGCCCCUUUGAACACAUUUUUACAUUACAUUUUAGUCAUUUAGCAGACGCUCUUAUCCAGAGCGACUUACAGUUAAUGCAUACAUUUUUUUUUUUCAUACCCCCUGUGGGAAUCAAACCCACAACCCUGGCGUUGCAAACGCCAUGCUCUAUCAACUGAGCUACAUCCCUGCCGGCCAUUACCUCCCCUACCCUGGACGACGCUGGGCCAAUUGCGCGCCGCCCCAUUGGUCUCCCGGUCGCAGCCGGCUAUGACAGAGCCUGGAUUCGAACCAGGAUCUCUAGUGGCACAGCUAGCACUGCAAUGCAGUGCCUUAGACCACUGCGCCACUCGGGAGAACCACCAAUGAGAGCACCAGACAUUUCAUGUUCAUUUGAACACUACAGCUAGAGGCUGCUGAUGGAUGUUUUAAACUGUUUCACCAUUGACCAUCAUAGGUCUAAUGCGCCAUGAUAUGGAAUGUGAUGUAAUCACCUUGAAUAUGAUAACUCAGAUGGAACUAGCACUCUAUUCUACAUGGUUCAUCUCGUGUUGGGAAAUGCUCAGACAGUUUUGGUGAAGUACUGUAAUAUGAAAUACAGUAACUAGCUGGCAACUAGGGAUUAACAUGGGUAACCGGGAUCCUGGGACUGUCCGGGAACACUCUUCACAUUUCCCGAAAUAAUUAAAUGACAAGACAUUUACAUUUACAUUUACAAGACCUGGGAAGUAAAACAUUUCCUCAAUGUCGCACUAAUGCAAUUCCACAAAAUACACAACAUUCGCAGCAGCAGAUUAGCAAAAAACUAAAUGGCACAUUAUCCAAACAGUUUGUCACAUGGAAGCCUUUAGCCCAGUUUAUUUACUUCACACAAAGUCGCCAUAAAUUCAAAGCACACGCACAAUUGACAUUGCCGGACUGCACAUGCGACCUGAAUGCCAUUAAUAAACCCUACAGAAAACUCCUAUAUACAGUGCAUUCGGAAAGUAUUCAGGGUCCUUGACUUUUUCCACAUUUUGUUACGUUACAGCCUUAUUCUAAAAUGGAUAAAAUUGUUGUUUUUCCUCUUCAAUCUACACACAAUACCCCAUAAUGACAAAGCAAAAACUGGUUUUUAGAAAUUUCUGCAAAUGUAUUAAAAAUAAACGGAAAUAUCACAUUUACAUAACUAUUCAGACCCUUUACUCAGUACUUUGCUGAAGCACCUUUGGCAGCGACUACAGCCUCGAGUCUUCUUGGGUAUGACGCUACAAGCUUGGCACACCUGUAUUUGGGGAGUUUCUCCCAUUUCUUCUCUGCAGAUCCUCUCAAGCUCUGUCAGGUUGGAUGGGGCAUGUCGCAGCACAGCUAUUUUCAGGUCUCUCCAGAGAUGUUCGAUCGGGUUCAAGUCCGGGCUCUGGCUGGGCCACUCAAGGAUAUUCAGACACUUGUCCCGAAGCCACUCCUGCGUUGCCUUGGCUGUGUGCUUAGGGUCUUUGUCCUGUUAGGUGAAGCUUCGCCCCAGUCUGAGGUCCUUUUAUUUAUUUAUUUUAUUUCACCUUUAUUUAACCAGGUAAGCCAGUUGAGAACAGGUUCUCAUUUACAACUGCGACCUGGCCAAGAUAAAGCAAAGUAGUGCAAUAAAAACAACACAGUUACAUAUGGGGUAAAAAAAAAAAAAAAAAGUCAGAAAUACAACAGAAAAUAUAUAUACAGUGUGUGCAAAUGUAGCAAGUUAUGGAGGUAAGGCAAUAAAUAGGCUAUAGUGCAGAAUAAUUACAAUAGUAUUAACACUGGAAUGCUAGAUGUGCAAGAGAUUAUGUGCAAAUAGAGAUACUGGGGUGCAAAAGAGCAAAAUAAAUAACAAUAUAGGGAUGAGGUAGUUGGGUGGCUAAUUUCGGAUGGGCUGUGUACAGGUGCAGUGAUCGGUAAGGUGCUCUGACAACUGAUGCUUAAAGUUAUUGAGGGAGAUAAGAGUCUCCAGCUUCAGAGAUUUUUGCAAUUCGUUCCAGUCAUUGGCAGCAGAGAACUGGAAGGAAUGGCGGCCAAAGGAGGUGUUGGCUUUGGGAAUGACCAGUGAGAUAUACCUGCUGGAGCGCAGACUACGGGUGGGUGCUGCUAUGGUGACCAAUGAGCUAAGAUAAGGCGGGGAUUUGCCUAGCAGUGAUUUAUAGAUGGCCUGGAGCCAGUGGGUUUGACGACGAACAUGUAGUGAGGACCAGCCAACAAGAGCGUACAGGUCACAGUGGUGGGUAGUGUAUGGGGCUUUGGAGACAAAACGGAUGGCACUGUGAUAGACUACAUCCAAUUUGCUGAGUAGAGUGUUGGAGGCUAUUUUGUAAAUUACAUCGCCGAAGUCAAGGAUCGGUAGGAUAGUCAGUUUUACGAGGGCAUGUUUGGCAGCAUGAGUGAAGGAGGCUUUAUUGCGAAAUAGGAAGCCGAUUCUAGAUUUAACUUUGGAUUGGAGAUUCUUUAUGUGAGUCUGGAAGUUGAGUUUACAGUCUAACCAGACACCUAGGUAUUUGUAGUUGUCCACAUACUCUAGGUCAGACCCGUCGAGAGUGGUGAUUCUAGUCGGGUGGGCGGGUGCCAGCAGCGUUCGAUUGAAAAGCAUGCAUUUAGUUUUACUAGUGUUUAAGAGCAGUUGGAGGCUACUGAAGGAUUGUUGUAUGGCAUUGAAGCUCGUUUGGAGGUUUGUUAAAACAGUGUCCAAUGAAGGGCCAGAUGUAUACAAAAUGGUGUCGUCUGCGUAGAGGUGGAUCUGAGAGUCACCAGCAGCAAGAGCGACAUCAUUGAUAUACACGGAGAAAAGUGUCGGCCCAAGAAUUGAACCCUGUGGCACCCCCAUAGAGACUGCCAUAGGUCCAGACAACAGGCCCUCCGAUUUGACACACUGAACUCUAUCUGAGAAGUAGUUGGUGAACCAGGCGAGGCAGUCAUUUGAGAAACCAAGGCUAUUUAGUCUGCCAAUAAGAAUGCGGUGGUUGACAGAGUCGAAAGCCUUGGCCAGGUCGAUGAAGACGGCUGCACAGUACUGUCUAUUAUCAAUCGCGGUUAUAAUAUCGUUUAGGACCUUGAGCGUGGCUGAGGUGCACCCGUGACCAGCUCGGAAACCGGAUUGCAUAGCGGAGAAGGUACGGUGGUAUUCGAAAUGGUCGAUGAUCUGUUUGUUAACUUGGCUUUCGAAUACUUUCGAAAGGCAGGGCAGGAUGGAUAUAGGUCUGUAGCAGUUUGGAUCUAGAGUGUCACCCCCUUUGAAGAGGGGGAUGACCGCGGCAGCUUUCCAAUCUCUGGGGAUCUCAGACGUUAUGAAAGAGAGGUUGAACAGACUAGUAAUAGGGGUAGCGACAAUUUCAGUGGCUAGUUUUAGAAAGAAAGGGUCCAGAUUGUCUAGCCCAGCUGAUUUGUAGGGGUCCAGAUUUUGCAGCGCUUUCAAAACAUCAGCUGUCUGAAUUUGUGUGAAGGAGAAGCGGGGGGGGCAUGGGCAAGUUGCAGCAGAGGGUGCAGAGUUGGUGGCCGGGUUAGUGGUAGCCAGAUGGAAAGCAUGGCCAGCUGUAGCAAAAUGCUUGUUGAAAUUCUCGAUUAUUGUAGAUUUAUCGGUGGUGAUAGUGUUUCCUAGCCUCAGUGCAGUGGGCAGCUGGGAGGAAGUGCUCUUAUUCUCCAUGGACUUUACAGUGUCCCAAAACUUUUUGGAGUUAGUGCUACAGAAUGCAAAUUUCUGUUUGAAAAAGUUAGCCUUUGCUUUCCUGACUGCUUGUGUAUAUUGGUUCCUAACUUCCCUGAAAAGUUGCAUAUCGCGGGGGCUAUUUGAUGCUAAUGCUGUACGCCACAGGAUGUUUUUGUGCUGGUCAAGGGCAGUCAAGUCUGAGGAGAACCAGGGGCUAUAUCGGUUCUUAGUUCUGUAUUUUUUGAAUGGGGCAUGUUUAUUUAAGAUUGAGAGGAAAUUACUUUUAAGGAACAACCAGGCAUCCUCUACUGACGGAAUGAGAUCUAUAUCCAUCCAGGAUACCUGGGCCAGGUCAAUUAGGAAGGCCUCCUUGCUAAAGUGUUUUAGGGAGCGUUUGACAGUGAUGAGGGGUGGUCGUUUGACCGCGGACCCGUUACGGACGCAGGCAAUAAGGCAGUGAUCGCUGAGAUCCUGGUUGAAGACAGCUGAGGUGUAUUUAGAGGGUAUGUUAGUCAGGAUGAUAUCUAUGAGGGUACCCAUGUUUACGGAUUUAGGGUUGUACCUGGUAGGUUCGUUGAUAAUUUGCGUGAGGUUGAGGGCAUCUAGCUUGGAUUGUAGGAUGGCUGGGGUAUUAAGCAUAUCCCAAUUUAGGUCACCAAGCAGUACAAACUCUGAGGAUAAAUGGGGGGCAAUCAAUUCACAUAUGGUGUCCAGGGCACAGCUGGGGGCUGAGGGGGGUCUGUAGCAAGCGGCAACAGUGAGAGACUUAUUUCUGGAAAGGUGGAUUUUUAGAAGUAGAAGCUCAAACUGUUUGGGCACAGACCUGGAUAGUAUGAUAGAGCUCUGCAGGCUAUCUCUACAGUAGAUUGCAACUCCACCCCCUUUGGCAGUUCUAUCUAGACGGAAAAUGUUAUAGUUGGGGAUGGAAAUUUCAGAAUUUUUGGUGGCCUUCCUGAGCCAGGAUUCAGACACUGCUAGAACAUCAGGGUUGGCAGUGUGCUAACGCAGUGAAUAACUCAAACUUAGGAAGUAGACUUCUGAUAUUUAUGUGCAAGAAACCAAGACUUUUGCGAUUACAGAAGUCAUCAAAUGAUAGCGCCUGGGGAGUAGGAGUGAUACUGAGGGCUGCAGGGCCUGGGUUAGCCUCUACAUCACCAGAGGAACAGAGGAGGACUAGAAUAAGGAUACGGCUAAAGGCUUUAAGAACUGGUCUUCUAGUGCGUUGGGUACAUAGAAUAAAGGGGGCAGAUUUCCGGGUGUUAUAGAAAAGAUUCAGGGCAUUAUGUACAGACAAGGAUAUGGAAGGAUAUGAGUAAAGUGGAGGUAAACCUAAGCGUUGGGUAACGAUGAAAGAGAUAGCAUCGCUGGAGGCAUCAAUUGAGUCGGUCUCCGCGUGUAUUGGGGGAGGUGCAAAGGAGCUAUCUAAGGCAGGUUUAGCUAGGCUGGGGGGUCUACAGUGAUAUAGUACAAUUAGAAAUAACCGAAACAACAAUAAACUAACCAUGUUUGGGCUGAGGCUAAACAUAAACAGGAUGUAGUACCGUAAAAAGGAACAGUCCAGCAGAUAUCAGCUGUAUAGCUGAGUUAUCAUAAGGUCCGGUGGUGAAGUACUAGUGAGUAAGAGGCCACGGCUAGCGGGCCAGGGCUAGCAGAUGGAUGGAAUCUUCGUGGUUAACGUCGUAACCACAUCAGACGAUUUCGUCGGCAGACCAGUCGUGUAGGAUCGGCGGGGCUCCGUGUCAACACUAGGUGGUCCCGUCCGGUUGACAGAGAGGUAGAUAGCCGGGAGAUGGGCCUAGCUCAGGAUAAUUAGCCAGACCACAGCGUCCGUUUUGUUGUAGCUAGCUGGUAGCGACGAAUCCGGAGUUAAAGGUCCAGUGAUUCAAUGAUUCCGGCGGAAAAAACUGAUAUGUUCUGGGUCGAUAACGCGCUGUGCAGACUGGCCGAAUAUCCGGUGAUCAAUGUCCAGUGAUUAAAAUUAAUCCCGCAGAAAAAAAUCCAAUGUUCUGGGUGAAACACCGCUAGCUAUGGCUAAUAGCAAGUAGCUAGUUAGCUGGCUAGCUGGCUAGCUAGUUUCACUGGAGAUUCUAGAUAAAAGGUAAGUCAAUAAUAGAAUCCGUUCCACAUUGAGUGAGGCGGGUUGCAGGAAAGUAUAUUUUGUAGAAGGAUGAAAAGUCUGAUAGGGAAAUAGGUACGAAAAAUACAAAAAAACAAGGUAUUUACAGGCUAUUUACAGACACACGACAGAAACAGGACUGCACUACUUCGCCAUCUUGGAACGUCCUGAGCGCUCUGGAGCAGGUUUUCAUCAAGGAUCUCUCUGUACUUUGCUCCGUUCAUCAUUCCCUCGAUCCUGACUAGUCUCCCAGUCCCUGCCGCUGAAAAAGAUCCCCUCAGCAUGAUGCUGCCACCACCAUUCUUCACCGUAAAGAUGGUGCCAGGUUUCCUCCAGACGUGACGCUUGGCACUCAGGCCAAAGAGUUCAAUCUUGGUUUCAUCAGACCAGAGAAUCUUGUUUCUCAUGGUCUGAGACAACUCCAAGCGGGCUGUCAUGUGCCUUUUAUUGAGGAGUGGCUUCCGUCUGGCCACUCUACCAUAAAGGCCUGAUUGGUGGAGUGCUGCAGAGAUGGUUGUCCUUCUGGAAGAUUCUCCCAUCUCCACAGAGGAACUCUGGAGCUCUGUCAGACUGACCAUCGGGUUCUUGGUCACCUCCCUGACCAAGGCCCUUCUCCCCGAUUUUGCUCAGUUUGGCUGGGCGGCCAGCUCUAGGAAGAGUUGGUGGUUCCUAACUUCUUCCAUUUAAGAAUGAUGGAGGCCACUGUGUUCUUGGGGACCUUCAAUGCUACAGAAGUGGUAUGGUACCCUUCCCCAGAUCUGUGCCUCGACACAAUCCUGUCUCAGAGCUCUACAGACAAUUCCUUCGACCUCAUGGCUUGGUUUUUGCUCUGACAUGCACUGUCAAUUGCGUGACCUUAUAUAGACAGAUAUGUGCCUUUCCAAAUUAUGUUCAAUCAAUUGAAUUUACCAUAGGUGGACUCUAAUCCAGUUGUAGAAACAUCUCAAGGAAGAUCAGUGGAAACAGGAUGCACCUGAGCUCAAUUUCGAGUCUCAUAGCAAAAGGUCUGAAUACGUUUUUUUUUUUUUUCAUACAUUUGGAAGAAUUUCUAAAAACCUGUUUCACUUUGUCAUUAUGUGGUAUUGUGUGUAGAUAAGAGAGAAAAAAAUAUUUAAUCAAUUUUAUAAUAAGGCUGUAACGUAACAAUGUGGAGAAUGUCAAGGGGUCUGAAUACUUUCCGAAUGCGCUGUAUAGACUACAAAAAACGUGUGCCUCUUUUAGCUGUCAUUGUGACUCUUCAGACAGUCACAAAUUUGAUAGGCCUAUGCACAAUUCACUACAUAGGCUUCUGUUAACAAUUCAGAGGCAUGAGGGAAAAUUGUAUCUUCUCUUGUCCUAGAGCCUAGGCUAUUUUCCUAUCCAGUCCCAAUCCCAUUGAAACCCAAAAUCUUAUAAUAUGCCAUUUAGCAGACACUUUUAUCCAAAGCGACUUACAGUCAUGUGUGCAUACAUUUUUACGUAUGGGUGGUCCCGGGGAUCGAACCCACUACCCUGGCGUUACAAGCGCCAUGCUCUACCAGCUGAGCGACAGAGGACUACUACUACUCUUGACUACUGUCUAGCAUGAAAAUUCCUCACUUUAUUCUGUAAUCCAUGGCUUGCACUAUCAAAGCACGUCUCUCGCCUAUGCAUGUCUAAAUACCGCUAUAACAUUUCCCCCGCUUCUCUGCGCUGUUUUGUACUUGGUAGAUUUUCGGGAAAAUAUUAAUCCAUACUGGCAACCAAGAAACAGUAAAAUUCACAGUAACCCCUUUACAGUGCAGUCUUCAGACAGUUCUGUGUCUGGACCAUGAAGCGUAGUGCCUGCGCUCAUUAUUCUCCCUGUGGUCUGAACAGGUGUCCCUGACACAGCUGCCGGGCCCGAGGAAGAGGGGGAGUGACUCACUGACAUUAUAGACGCUCAUAUGUCACUGACUUGACACACUCGCUCACAGCUGAGAUCACAUACCAGCCAAGUAGAAAUGCCAUAAAAAGCCUUGCCCUGAUAGAAAUGUAAGGACGCGUAUGGGGAGAGUGGUUGGAAUCUGCCCUGCCUUGAGGGCCUUUAUUAGCUUCUCAAUAUAAACCCUCUUCAGUUUACUUUCUCUUUUCCUUCCUCUGUUUUACUUCUUUACUGGCCCCUCUUGCAUUUUUACACUUCCUUCUUCCUCCUUCAUACGAUCAAAAAAUUAACUGUGGUGCACAUUAAUGUUAUAAACGUAUCGUUCUAUUUAUCGUUAUCAUGUAAAUUCAGGCAAUUUAUCCCAAUAUGGAUUUUUGUUCCAUAUCUUCCAGCUCUAACACACACACACACACACACACACACUUGGGAAUUCACAUGAACACAUGCUGACAUGUAUUCUCACAAACAGUUUUUAAUGGACUGGAAAGAAGAGUAUCAGCAUUUUUUCUGUAAGACAUCAGCUAGGUUUCAUGAAGGCAAUUCUUUCUCUUAAUUCCAUCAGUUCUUGAAACCACUGCGCUCACCAUAAGUGGGAAUAACAGAUACUAUGGUGGCAUCGCCACAAGGUUGUCCAAGACUUCUUAAUGAUCCAUUGCACAGAAUUUAAUUCACUUUGAUUUUUCGUGAGUCUGGUCUUGACUUGAGCAAUGUUGAUUAAGUUAGUUUGUUAAGCUUAAUCAGACAAGUCAUAUUAAUGACAGAAGACCCAUUAAUUUCCAUUCUUCAAGCUUGCCACCUUUGCCCAUCAUAUCAUAACUAGUCUUGAUGUGUGCGCUCGGCAUCACUUGUAUAAACUCUGGUCAUUUUGGUGUGUAUGGCCCACGUAUAUAAAGUCUGGUCAUUCAGAGUGUGCUGUGGAUGCUCCUAAAGUCAGACAACUCAUGAAUAUUCAUAUGUGCUGAUGUAGUUAUCAGGGAGUGAUGAGGAAACGCUUGAUCUCAUUUACGGCAACACGACCAUGUUGUAUGUGAAUUAGCUAUUAGCUCCAUACAAUAAACUGAGGCCUAUCGGAGAUGGCAGUUUGUCUGAUGUCUUCCGCAAUACUUCCUGUAAAGUACUGCUAAUGUGAAAUAAUGCCCAAUGGCCACAGUCAGAGAGUGACAGAGAGAAAAGAAGAAGUCUGAUGAAGGUCAUCUGUAGAAAUCUGCACAUCCGCUCAUUAUUUUUCAUGCUCAUCACUCCCUUCAUAUAAAAGUGUUCAUUAUUCCCAUAAAACAGCCUGGUAGCUUGGCAGUGCAUGGUGGAGUCUAGUAGAUAAGCACAGUGUAAGUUCGCUCUCCUCUCUGCCUCAGAGCCUCAGUGAGGGGUAUAAGGAUGGUUACAUUUGGAGCUCAUUUUCCAUAUGGUUGAAUAAUUCAUGAAUAAUAAUUCAGAGGAUGUGGUAAUCUCUUGGUGGAUAUGAUCUAAGGAAGGGUGUUACUCUCUUUCUCCCCUGUGUCUCCUGUUCCCCGCCCCUAACUUGUCUCUCUCUUAUUACCCUCCCUUCACUUUUUCCAGGAGGACUAUGACCGCUUGAGGCCUUUGUCGUACCCCAUGACCGACGUCUUCCUCAUCUGCUACUCUGUGGUCAACCCGGCCAGUUUCCAGAACGUGAGGGAAGAGUGGGUCACCGAGCUGCAGGAGUAUGCCCCCAGUGUCCCAUACCUCCUCAUAGGCACCCAGGUGAGCCUAACGAGCCACAGCCACCACACCCAGAACCUGUCUCUAUACUUUGUCCUGGCCAUUCCACAUGCUGAGUUUCACAGAGCCUGCUGUAUUCACCUGUCAUGCUCUAUCCUCGUCCACCUUACUCAUGCUCACACUCUACUUCACAUUGACAGGGGAGGGGCGAUUUAUAAAACUGAACCUCCACUUAAAUGUACUGUACUCUGGUUUAUUUUAUUCUUAAGACCAUUCACGAACAUGCAUAAAGAAAUAUAGGUGUAUAGUUUCGAAUCAUUAAAAAAUGUUAACGGUAGAUGGAACUUAAUAGUAAAUGGAACAUGUUAGCUUUUUGGUAUUAGUUGACUUCAAUAUUUAGAGCCACAGCUCUCAAAUACUUUCCAAGAGAUCAGUCCAGACACUUUUUAAACCACACUUGUGGGUGUCCAUCCGCCAACAGUUCCCUGGCCACCAGAAAUAGAACAUGGGCAUAUUAUCGUUCUGUCAGCUGAUAUUCACUGCUCUUUUAUCGGUCCCACCGUAACUCAGUCACACUGCAUACUGAUGUGGACCCAAAUCAAUUCAGACAGACCAGAGCCACAAAUCAAACACAACCACAGAUGUGUUAAUGAAUGUUUGUCUCAAUAAAGAGUUUGUUACACGUAUCAGUGGGCAUAUGCCGGGUAAAGGAUUAAUUAGUUUUAAUUGAGUGCUAGAGGAACAGCGUGAUCGGGCAGACAUUGUGUGUCAGCUCUGCAUUCAAAUAAAAAUAAAAAAGGGACUAAUGCCUCGUGGUUGAAGUUAGAUUCAAACACACAAGAACAUAUGAAGGAAUACAAUUAUAGAAAAGAGAAUAGAGAAACAGGGUUUGGGUUUGUAAAUGCUGCACUGGACUAAUAUGGCACAUUUCUCUAGAUGGAACAUUCUCUGUUUGAAUACUACAGUGAAACUCAGCUGAAGAAUGGUGAAACAGAGGAGGAGUACCUCUUACAGAAGUCUGACCCGAGGUGCUCUUUGAAAAUGGGGAAGAUAGUUGAAUGAACAAGUUGUUCACUCAACUGAAGAAGUUUCUUAAGCAGCCUAUUGUCUGCCUCACUGAUUGGCUGUGACUGUGCUGACAGGAAGUGUUUGUGUUAUCUCUCCCUGUUUCAGAUUGACCUUCGUGACGACCCCAAGACCAUUGCCAAACUGAAUGACAUGAAGGAGAAGCCCAUCACCACAGAGCAGGGCCAGAAGCUAGCCAGGGAGGUACGUAUCACUGUGGGGCCAGCAGAGGUUUACAGAAGGAAUUGAGAUCGUAAAUGGGCCACAAGGCAGUUGGUUUACCCUACUCUACACUAGAUGGGUUGUCCUGCAUCAAACCAAUUAUUUAUGACAGUUAUGAUGAACUUUGGAUCUCUUCAGUCGUGGGCAUUUGUUGAUUGAGCCUUUAUUAGACUAACACCAGACUUCCUCCCUAAGCUAACCUGGGGAUGAGGUUAACCCUUUCCUUGAUCGUUUUGAGUGACAGCCUGGCCCUUCCCUCCCUUCCUCUUCAGAUCGGUGCGUGUGUCUAUGUGGAAUGCUCGGCUCUCACCCAGAAAGGACUGAAAACUGUAUUUGAUGAGGCCAUCAUCGCUAUCCUGACCCCCAAAAGGAAGAAGGGAGUCCUGAAGAGAAGACUGGGGCCACGCUGUAUCAACUGCUGCCUCAUCACGUGA